UCAUCGCAAGAAAUGUAUUAGAUGCACCCCCCAUGGGGAUUUGCGGGCAGCUUGCUGCUGGAUUGAUGUCGUGACGUCAGGCAGCGCGCGGCUCCGCCACCGGCUCUCUCAGGGGCCAGGAGGACUAAUCCGCUGCGCGCGCCACGGAACAGAGCUCCCGGUCUAAUCUCCGGUGAGAGGGGGACACGAAAUGGGAAUGACUGGUACCAGGCGCCGAGGGCUCGUACACACUCAGGCGGGGUUACGGGACGUCCUCAGCGGCGUGGGAAAGCAUGGAGCUCCCGCUCAACUCCCAGGGACGAAGUGAAUGCAGCGGCAGGGAUAGUGACAAGACCCGCCGACUCAUCCAGGAGGACAGAACUCUUCAUUGGGAACCGUGUUGUUAGGAGCUGGAGGAAGAGGGAACUUCGAACAUUGAAGCUCCGCUGUAGCCCGGGACUGCGCCGGGAGAGAAUACGGACAGAUAGGCACUAAGUCACGCGAUGAGACAGAGACAGUAGCGGCGACCAUCCGUCUACAUUCCGCUUGACAUACACACGCACGCAGACACACCCACACAUAGACACACACUCUUACGCGCACACACUUUCAAGUCGGACUUCCAGAGUGCAGGCUUCACAAUGAGCCGCUAAAUUCCUGCUCCCACAGGAGAGGAGGCACCGGGUUUCAUUCAUCUCGCUCGGUGUGUGUGUGUGUGAGUGUGUGUGUGUGUGUUUGUGAUGGACCGGGUCCCGGCCGCCGUGGCUGCUAAGAUGCGGUGGGUAACGCUGUUAGUAGCCGGUCUGACGGUCUGGACUACCGUAUGUCACUGUUUCGACUAUGAAGACGCCAACUAUGAUUACUACAAUGAGGAGGAAAGGACAGAAAACAUUGACUAUAAGGACCCGUGUAAAGCUGCUGCGUUUUGGGGGGACAUUGCUUUGGAUGAGGAAGAUUUGAGGAUGUUCCAGAUCGACAGGACGAUAGACCUGACACUACACACACACACUGACGCCAGACGUGGACAUCACUCUGGUGGCAUUGAAGAACAUGUUGUUUCUAAGAGGAAGGGUUCCUUAUACCUUCUUUUGGAAAGAAUACGGAGGUUUGGCUUCGACUAUGGGUCUAAGAACUUCAGUCAAGAAGCAGCCUCCGAUCCCAAGACCAGGUCAGGGAAAACUGUUGGAAACACAGACAGCACGUGGAAUACAGAGAAGACUGGGAAUACUGUGAAAACUGUGAAUGCAAUGAAGAGUGGGAAGGCAGUGAGAAGCAGGAAGACUGUGAAGGGAGGGGUCCUUGAGAAGAGUCCUCGUGUUCCCAGAGCAGCAACCUCCAGGGCUGAGAGGAUCUGGCCCGGGGGGGUCAUACCGUACAUGAUUGGAGGAAACUUUACUGGAAGUCAGAGGGCAAUGUUCAAGCAAGCGAUGCGGCAUUGGGAGAAGCAGACGUGUGUCACAUUCAUUGAGAAAACUGACGAGGAGAGUUACAUCGUCUUCACCUACCGGCCUUGUGGAUGUUGUUCCUAUGUGGGUCGCCGGGGCAACGGUCCCCAGGCAAUAUCGAUAGGGAAGAACUGUGAUAAAUUUGGCAUCGUUGUCCAUGAGCUAGGCCAUGUGAUUGGGUUCUGGCACGAACACACACGCCCUGACAGAGAUGAUCAUGUCACAAUCAUCAGAGAUAACAUACAACCAGGUCAAGAAUAUAACUUCCUGAAGAUGGAGCCAGGAGAGGUGAACUCUCUUGGGGAACCUUACGACUUUGACAGCAUCAUGCAUUAUGCCAGGAAUACCUUCUCACGAGGGAUGUUUCUGGACACCAUUCUCCCCUCAAGAGAUGAGGAAGGGAUCCGCCCUGCCAUUGGACAGAGGACCAGGCUCAGUAAAGGAGAUAUUGCUCAGGCCAGGAAGCUCUACAGGUGUCCAGCAUGUGGGGAGACCCUCCAGGACUCGUCAGGGAACUUGUCAUCGCCUGGUUAUCCUAACGGCUACCCGUCAUAUACACACUGUGUCUGGAGGAUAUCUGUCACACCAGGAGAGAAGAUUGUUCUGAACUUCACCACUAUGGAUCUAUAUAAGAGCAGUUUAUGUUGGUAUGACUACAUCGAGGUGAGAGAUGGAUACUGGAGGAAGGCCCCGCUGCUGGGCAGGUUCUGUGGGGACAAAGUGCCUGAAGUGUUGGUGUCCACAGAGAGUCGAAUGUGGAUCGAGUUCAGGAGCAGCAGCAACUGGGUAGGCAAGGGAUUAGCUGCUGCUUAUGAAGCCAUCUGUGGGGGGGAGAUCAUUAGAGACCAGGGUCAGAUCCAAUCCCCUAACUACCCUGAUGACUACCGUCCAUCCAAAGAGUGUGUCUGGAAGAUAACUGUCUCUGAGGGAUACAAUGUAGGACUGAGCUUCCAGGCCUUCGAGAUUGAGAGACAUGACAGCUGCGCUUAUGAUUACCUGGAGGUACGUGAUGGCCCGGCCGAAUCCAGCCCGCUGAUUGGUCGAUUCUGCGGCUAUGACAAACCUGAGGAUGUGCGCUCCACCUCUCACACUCUGUGGAUGAAGUUCGUCUCUGAUGGGACUGUAAACAAGGCCGGAUUCGCUGCCAACUUCUUCAAAGAGGAGGAUGAGUGCUCUAAGCCAGAUAAUGGAGGUUGUGAACAGAGGUGUGUCAACACCCUGGGGAGCUUCAAGUGUUCCUGUGACCCUGGGUUUGAACUGGCUCCAGACAAGAAAGGCUGCGAAGCUGCCUGUGGAGGUCUUCUCUCGAAGCUGAAUGGGACCGUGUCCACCCCUGGCUGGCCCAGGGAGUACCCCCCCAAUAAGAACUGUGUCUGGCAGGUGGUGGCCCCAACCCACUACAGGAUCUCCAUCCAGUUUGAAGCUUUCGAGCUGGAGGGCAAUGAGGUGUGUAAAUAUGACUACGUGGAGGUGCGGAGUGGCCUGUCCCCAGAUUCUAAGCUUCAUGGGAAGUUUUGCGGUCUGGAUGUCCCUGAUGUCAUCACGUCUCUGUUCAACAACAUGAGGAUAGAGUUCAAAUCUGACAACACUGUCUCCAAAAAAGGGUUUAGAGCGCACUUCUUCUCCGAUAAGGAUGAGUGCAGUAAGAACAAUGGGGGUUGUCAGCAUGACUGCAUCAACACCGUCGGCUCCUACGUGUGUCAGUGCCGACAUGGUUUCAUCCUUCACGGGAACAAACAUGACUGCAAGGAAGCGGAGUGUGAGCAUAAGGUCCACAGCCCCAGUGGAACCCUGAGCAGUCCCAACUGGCCAGAUAAAUACCCCAGCAGGAAGGAGUGCACCUGGGACAUCACCUCCACCCCUGGACACAGAGUGAAACUACUGUUCACUGAGUUUGAGAUUGAGCAACACCAGGAGUGUGCCUAUGAUCACCUGGAGGCCUUUGAUGGGGACAGCGACUCUGCGGCCAUCUUGGGUCGGCUGUGUGGGAGUCAGACCCCGGAGCCGCUGGUCUCCACGGGCAACAAGAUGUAUCUGCGUUUCAUCUCAGAUGCCUCAGUCCAGCGGAAGGGCUUCCAGGCCACACACUCCACCGAAUGUGGAGGCAGGUUGAAGGCAGAGACUCGUCAGAAGAACCUCUACUCACACUCCCAGUUUGGAGACAACAACUACCCAGGCCAUACAGAUUGUGAGUGGUUGGUGACUUCAGAAGAGGGUUAUGGUAUCCAGUUGACCUUUACGACCUUUGAGGUGGAAGAGGAAGCUGACUGCGGGUAUGACUACAUGGAGCUGUAUGUCGGCGACUCCACGGCACACAGACUGGGGCGCUUCUGUGGAUCUGGGCCCAGAGAGGAGAUCUACUCAGCAGGUGAUGCGAUGUUGAUCCGUUUCCAUAGCGAUGACACCAUCAGUAAGAAGGGAUUCCACAUCCGUUACACCAGCACCCAGUUCCAGCAGAGCCUUGACACCAGGAAGUGAUGACACCUCACCAUGACCCCUAGCCUUGCUGUGUCAAUGACCAGAGGUUCCUCCUUCUGAUUGACAGACGCCACAUGCAUACACACCAUGCACACACACUCUUUUGAGGAUGGGUGUGUGUGUGAGAAACUGAGAGAGAAGGAGGACAGAACAGGGCAGGUUCUAGAACUCUGAAAACACAUGAAGAGUCUGGAUUACAGCUUCACACUGAAACUGGAUUUACAACCUGAACUGGAUUAAAUACUGGAAAUGCAUUUAAUACUGGAAAUGGAUUAAAAACUGGAAAUGGAUUGCAUCCUAGAACUGGAUAAAAAAUGUAAACUUGAGUAUGACUUGAAACUUUUAACAGCUGAAACUGAAUAAAAAUAUAAAACUGUUUUAAAUGCUGUGAAUUGACCACAGGAUCAGUCAUACACAGAGGGAACUUCUUAGACGUUUUACUGACUGACAUUAGCUGCCUGUUUGGCUGACUGUUUUACUGACUGACAUUAGCUGCCUUUUUGGCUGACUGUUUUACUGACUGACACUAGCUGCCUGUUUGGCUGACUGUUUUACUUACUGACACUAGCUGCAUGUUUGGCUGACUGUUUUACUGACUGACACUAGCUGCCUGUUUGGCUGACUGUUUUACUGACUGACACUAGCUGUCUGAUUGGCUGCCUGUUUUACUGACUGACACUAGCUGCCUGUUUUGCUGACUGUUACACUGACUGACUGACUCUCUGUCUGAAUGACUGAAUGGCUGUUUGACUGUUUUACUGGCUGACUGACUAACUGGUUGAGUGUAGUUGGAAAAACUAUGAGGAAAUACUGAGGCAACAUUAUACAAACUUAGAGACAACAUCCAUGUAACGUUCUGACAACGUUCUGAUGUUGAAGCCAUGGUUUAACAAUGUUGUAAAAAUGUUCUGAUAUGAAAAUGACAAGUAUUCAGAUUGAGAGGUUUCAGCUUUCAGUGCAGAAAGAGUUUCUGUUCAGAAAACACUCUGUUGUGACAACAUUAUCCAAAUUGAAAGACAAACUGAAAGACAAAAUAUAGAUAGUGUUCUUCAAACUGAGACAAUGUGCAGACAACAUUAUCAACAAACUGAAGGAGAAUGUUCUGAGAAAGUCUUGACAAUGCUCUGACAAUGUUCAGACAACAUGCAGGUUUGAAAGCACUAAUCCUGUGGAACAACUAAUAUUAUUGCCUUAGAACCAGAUGUUUGUUCCUCGUCUCUGAGUGGCUACAUUAGUUGUUGUUGUUUUAAUUUGUUUGGGGAAUUAUUUGACAAUGAAUUUGAAGAACUUGAAAGAUAUUUUGUGUUUAAAAAAGGAACCAGUCUGUGUGUGUGAUGGGUUGUCUUGUUACUGUAUGUGCCAAGCUCCUGGUGAUCCUGCCCCUCUGUAAGUUCUGUUGUAGCCUUUCUCCUCCAUGUUUGUAGUUCUGUUAAAGCAUACCUUCCAUGUUUGUAGUUCUGUUCUAUAAUAUGAUCCAUGUCUGUAGUUCUGUUCUAUCAUAACCUCCAUGUUUGUAGUUCUAUGAAAUCAAAAUGGCUUCCUCUCUAUACGAGUCAUUAAAACUACA